AUGGCAGACAAAAAAGUGACUCCCCCGCUGGGCGCGUACCCGCAGCCACAGCCGCCGCAGGGACCCUUCCUGCCGGCGCCACCGCAUCAAGCUGCUCCGCAGUAUGGAGUUGCGGGCGGUUCGCCUUACGGCGUGACGUUCGGAGGGGCGGGCGCGGGCGCUGGCGGCGUGUACGCCCCACCCCCCUAUGAACAGCUGCAGCACCACCAGGCCAUACCAGCUUUGAGCCAGCAGUUACCGCAGAUGUAUAGUCCAGCAGCAGCCAUGUACGCGGCGGCGGCCGGCUACCCAGGCUACAUCGGGUACCCGGUACAGUACUACCCGUACUACCCGACUGCCGUGCAGCCCUCUAUACAGCCACUCAGACCUACCAUCAUGAUACCUAACGGGUUCGAAGCAGGCGGGCGCUUCGAGGGCCUGGCGCAGACGCUGCUGCCCCCCGCGCCGCCCGGCGUGCCCCCCUCCCCCGCGCACCUGGCCGCCCUACAGCCGCACCAAGUGCUCUGGCGUUAA